AUGAAUAUUCAAGUUAUACAAGAUGAUUCUGAUGAUAUAUCAUCAAAUAGCAUUUUAUCAGAAGCAAAUAGUAGACCUAUACAUAAUGAAUCACAGAUUUGUAAAUAUUGUGACAUUAAAUAUCAAACUUCAAUAUCUACUGGAACUUUAAACACAUAA